AUGUUUUUCUUUGUGUUGCAGAUUGUGCAUCAACGUUAUGCAUCAGGAAGAUCUAUUUUUGAUUCGGAAAACGGUCUAUACUCAGUACCAGUUCGCUUCAAGAAUAGUCGAGGUGAUGUCGUCGAGCUGGAUGCAGUGUAUCAGGACACGAUGCCAGAAGGCGGAGAGAAAGCGAUUCUUUUCGCUAUACAUGGCUCGCCUGGGUCUCAUGCUGACUUCAAAUAUCUCGCACCAGAACUUAGGAAAAACGGUGUUCGCAUGGUGAUGCCCAACUUUCCAGGUCAAGGGUAUACGUCUG